AAAUCGUCGGCGCAGGGGCCGCCGGGAAAAUACCGCUGGGCCUGUGCAAAGCUGAGGCGGGAUCGCUACGGCCCGGAUAAUUUAGCUCGCCGGCCAGAAGGUCCCAGAGUGGAAAGCCGGAGGAGGCGGCCGCGCUUGGGCUUGCAGACGCCGGCCUUCUACUGCGGAGCCCAUCCGGUGCCUCUCCGCUCGCGCUUCCGGCAGGCGUCGUGAGCGAGUGCGCCUGCGCGCUGCUCAGUCCGCGCGCCUCGCCGCUGACCGCGCACCGGCCGGCCGGCAGCCCGACGGUUCUGGUGUUGCAGGCGACUCGCAACUCAGAUCCGCCGCGCACCAGCAAGCAGCAUGUCGCGGAGGCGGCACAGCUACGAGAACGAUGGCGGACAGCCUCACAAAAGGAGGAAGACGUCUGAUGCAAAUGAAACUGAAGAUCAUUUGGAAUCUUUAAUAUGCAAAGUAGGGGAAAAGAGCGCCUGCUCUUUAGAGAGCAAUCUCGAAGGCCUGGCUGGUGUUUUAGAAGCUGAUCUUCCUAACUACAAGAGCAAGAUCUUAAGGCUCCUUUGUACAGUUGCACGUCUGUUACCUGAGAAGCUAACAAUUUAUACAACAUUAGUUGGACUGCUGAAUGCCAGAAAUUACAACUUCGGAGGAGAAUUUGUAGAAGCAAUGAUUCGUCAACUUAAAGAGUCACUAAAAGCAAAUAACUAUAAUGAAGCUGUAUAUUUGGUCCGUUUCCUGUCUGAUCUUGUGAAUUGUCAUGUGAUUGCUGCCCCAUCUAUGGUUGCUAUGUUUGAGAAUUUUGUAAGUGUAACUCAGGAAGAAGAUGUGCCUCAAGUGCGGCGGGAUUGGUAUGUUUAUGCGUUUCUGUCAUCCUUGCCCUGGGUUGGGAAGGAGUUGUAUGAAAAGAAAGAUGCAGAGAUGGACCGCAUCUUCUCCACCACUGAAAGCUAUCUCAAAAGACGCCAGAAGACUCACGUGCCCAUGUUACAAGUAUGGACUGCCGAUAAACCACAUCCACAAGAAGAGUAUUUAGAUUGCCUGUGGGCCCAGAUUCAGAAAUUGAAAAAAGACCGGUGGCAGGAAAGGCACAUCCUAAGACCCUACCUUGCCUUUGACAGCAUCCUCUGUGAAGCACUACAGCACAACCUGCCUCCUUUCACACCACCGCCUCACACAGAAGACUCGGUGUACCCAAUGCCCAGGGUCAUCUUCAGGAUGUUUGACUACACAGAUGACCCAGAGGGUCCUGUUAUGCCAGGGAGCCAUUCGGUAGAGAGGUUUGUCAUAGAGGAGAAUCUGCAUUGCAUCAUAAAAUCCUACUGGAAGGAAAGGAAAACUUGCGCUGCACAGCUGGUGAGCUAUCCGGGGAAGAACAAGAUCCCCUUGAACUACCACAUAGUGGAGGUGAUCUUUGCAGAGCUGUUUCAGCUUCCAGCACCUCCUCACAUUGACGUGAUGUACACUACACUGCUAAUCGAACUUUGCAAACUUCAGCCGGGCUCUCUGCCCCAAGUGCUUGCACAGGCAACUGAGAUGCUGUACAUGCGGCUGGACACAAUGAGUACCACGUGUGUAGACAGGUUUAUUAAUUGGUUUUCUCAUCAUCUAAGUAAUUUUCAAUUCCGUUGGAGCUGGGAAGAUUGGUCAGAUUGUCUUACUCAGGAUCUUGAAAGUCCCAAACCAAAGUUUGUAAGAGAAGUUCUAGAGAAAUGCAUGAGGUUGUCUUACCAUCAACAUAUAUUAGAUAUUGUUCCUCCCACCUUCUCAGCUCUGUGUCCUGCAAACCCAACCUGCAUUUACAAGUAUGGAGAUGAAAGUAGCAAUUCUCUUCCUGGACAUUCCGUGGCACUCUGUUUAUCUGUUGCUUUUAAAAGUAAGGCAACCAAUGAUGAAAUCUUCAGCAUUCUGAAAGAUGUACCAAAUCCUAACCAGGUUGAUGACGAUGAUGAAGGGUUCAGAUUUAACCCCUUGAAAAUAGAGGUCUUUGUCCAGACUCUGCUGCACUUAGCUGCCAAGUCCUUCAGUCACUCCUUCAGUGCUCUUGCAAAGUUUCAUGAAGUCUUCAAAACUCUAGCAGAAAGUGAUAAGGGGAAGCUCCAUGUGCUGAGAGUUAUGUUUGAAGUCUGGAGGAAUCAUCCACAGAUGAUUGCUGUGCUGGUUGAUAAGAUGAUUCGUACACAGAUCGUUGACUGUGCUGCAGUAGCAAACUGGAUCUUCUCAUCAGAGCUGUCUCGUGACUUUACAAGGUUGUUUGUGUGGGAAAUUUUGCACUCUACAAUUCGUAAGAUGAACAAACAUGUUCUGAAGAUCCAGAAAGAGCUAGAAGAAGCUAAAGAGAAACUGGCAAGGCAGCACAAACGACGCAGUGAUGAUGACGAUAGAGGCAGCGACAGGAAGGACGGGGCCCUCGAGGAGCAAAUUGAAAGGCUGCAGGAGAAGGUGGAGUCUGCUCAGAGCGAACAGAAGAACCUUUUCCUUGUCAUCUUCCAGCGUUUCAUCAUGAUCUUGACUGAGCACUUGGUACGAUGUGAAACCGAUGGAACCAGUAUAUUGACCCCGUGGUAUAAGAACUGCACAGAGAGGCUGCAGCAAAUCUUCCUGCAGCAUCACCAGAUAAUCCAGCAGUACAUGGUGACCCUGGAGAACCUGCUCUUCACAGCCGAGUUAGAUCCGCACAUCCUGGCUGUGUUCCAGCAGUUCUGUGCUCUGCAGGCCUGACAGUCACGUCUUCUCCUUUUUUAUUAUCUUGAAAUAACUUGUCUUAUUUUUGAUGGUUUGAAUGUUUGCUUUCUUGUAGUAGCCUUUCACUUCCUAAAGGAACUGGGGGAGGAGAGUGAGGACUAUGACAUGACCCUUAGUUGCCCUGAAGGGCAAGUGUUGCUUGAUGAAGCGAUGUUACGGUGACCGUACGUAUAUGAGACACAACUUUUCUGUGAUAAAUUUGAUAACUUUUUCUCCUUAGGGCACAAAACAACAGGUUUGAGGUGUGUGAAAUGCAAGGUCAGUCUUGCAAAGUAGUAGAUAUAACCGACGGGCUAUCCCCAGGGAGCCUCGCUUUCCUCUGCUCCUGGGAGACAUGGCUGGAAUAAACUGCAGUUAUGUUUUUUAAACUUUGGGAGUCAUGAUUUAUCAUCUUAGUUUCUUUUCUUACUGAAGGUGUACUUAGUCUCGAUCCGAAGCUGUCUUUUGCAAAUACUUUUCUUAAGUGGUGUUCUUAUGACACUACUUGUUAGGAUAAAGGAUCACGUGUACUAAUCCCCAAAGUUGUGUCACUAUAAGCCACCCAGAAAUCUUGAAAGUUAUUUUAAACCGCGAUCUCAAAGUAUAGUGAAGAUGGCAGUUUUUCUAGCGAUCUCAAAGUAUAGUGAAGAUGGCAGCAGCUUUUCUACCUCUCAGGUGACUGCAGGUUUUUCAGCCAUUGUUGAAAAGCAUCUGGUCAUGCCCUGAACCUCCAGGAAGAAUUUGCCCAAGACCCCGUAGUGUCGCAGAUUGACAUGGAGUGGGUGAUAAAUGAGCUGGCGGGGACUUGGAAUUCAGUGUGGCCUGGGGCUUGUCUCUUUGACCCUGGAGUGGAUAAUUAAUCCCUGAGUCUGUUGAGGCUGAAGCGCAAUGAGUGUUUUGUAAAAUAAUGCAUAAGCAAUUAUCUGACAUUCCAGAUUUCUAGGAUUUUUAAACUUCUCAUUAAACCUUAGAAAAAUCCACUAAUAAUGAUACAAUUACUGGUAAUUUUGUGCAUUUACUAUCGUUUUGUACAUGUUAUACUCUAGAAGUAUACAUUAUGAUUUUCUGUUUGUAUAUAUGGGUAUUUAAGUUACCAUACAUUUCAAUGGCCAUAGAAUAUAAUUUCUUAAUAAUGAGAAUUCCUAGACUUUUUAAAUACCACAUUUAAGGUAGGAGUAUCAUUUAAUCAUUUAAAUUCAAUAGCUCAGGGUUGGAUGGGAGAUACUUCAGAACGACAAAAUCUGAUUCUUAGCUAAAUAUCCUAUUUCUUUACACUGUUCCUUCUUCCCAUUUAACAUAGCUCAUGGUCUAACUGAUUUGAAAUGACUCCAGUCCUCCAGGAGCCAAAGAAUUAACCAUUGAAAGCAUUGGUAACUGUAUCCUUUCCCGAGGCAUAGAUUAUUCUUGAUCUGCACACAGGAGUUUGUACUUGUCUUCCUUUCUUUCAAUCCUCCUAUGUAAUGGAGAUUUCUAGAAACUGUUCAUUAAUGUGUCCCUGCUCUAUCCUGGUCGGCCAUCUGGAAAAACUGAAGAGAGGAUUUAGACAUACGUUGCUCCCCUAAGGACUAUAUCAUACCUAAAAGUGGAAGGUGUAAUGUGCUUUUGCCACCCUGAUAUCUGGAUACCAGGAUUAACCUAAAGGCAGCUAGAGAACAGAAGCAUACAGCAAAACACAUCUCCUGUGUUGGCCUUGACACAUUUCCAAACUGCUGUGUGCAGGUCCUGAAGAAUGGGGCCUUGGGCACAGCCUCCUGAGUCCUUGGCUCCCGGCUGUGCCUGGGCACUUGUUCCUGUAACAGCGACUUGCUCUUGCCAUUGCCUGAAGACUGCACAGCAGUGCACAGCAGACCUGUUCACUCCAUCAGCCUUACACUGAAAGCUUCUUCUGUGCCAGCCUAGGAGUCCCCUACAUCCCCUGUUCCCCGUGGAAUAACUGUUCUUGUCACCUUUAUUGUUACUUCCCCAUGUACAUGUAUGUGCAGUUGUGCGUGUGAACCUUUUUUUAAGCAUAGCUAUCACCUUAGGUUUUUUUUCUUUUAGUUAGUAUAUGAAAUGACCUGCUAGUUUUCAGUCUUGCUGUAGCACAGGGCCCCACAGACCUAACAUUGUGCCCUCAGGCAGAACUUAAAACACAACCAUUCCAAAACAUUGUUAUAUAAGUGUUGUUUCUAUGAAGACUGCAUUGUGGAACUUUUGAACAGGGUCUUUAUUUGAAUAUAAAUUUGUUUUAAAAGUCA